AUGCGUCGCGCCGCCGCCGCCGCCGCCGCCGUGGCGGUCGACCCGCAGCUCCUGGCGGGCGCGGUCGAGGCUGCGAUUGCCUCCCGGUCCCCGCGGCUCGGCCGAGCGGCCCACGCGCGCGCCCUCAGGCUGCUGGUCCCGGCCCUCCCGCCCUUCAUCUGCGCGCACCUCGUCAACCUCUACUCCAAGCUCGACCUCCCGGGCGCCGCCGCCGCGGCGCUGGCCGCGGACCCCAGCCCUACCGUGGUCUCCUACACGGCCUUCAUCUCGGGCGCGGCGCAGCACGCGCGCCCGCUCCAGGCGCUCUCGGCGUUCGCCGCCAUGCUCCGGCUCGGCCUCCGCCCCAACGACUUCACCUUCCCUUCCGCCUUCAAGGCCGCCGCCGCCGCCGCCGCGGCCGCCGUCGGGCCGCAGGUGCACGCCCUCGCGCUCAGGUUCGGCUACCUCCCCGACGACGCCUUCGUCUCGUGCGCGGCGCUGGACAUGUACUUCAAGACGGGCCGCCUCGCGCUGGCGCGCCGCCUGUUCGACGAAAUGCCCAAUAGGAACGUGGUCGCCUGGAACGCGGUCAUGACGAACGCGGUGCUUGACGGCCGGCCCCUCGAGACGGUGGACGCCUACUUUGGGCUCCGGGGGACCAGUGGGAUGCCGAACGUGGUCUCGGUCUGCGCGUUCUUCAACGCGUGCGCUGGCAUGACGUACCUGUCCCUUGGGGAGCAGUUCCAUGGUUUUGUGGCCAAGUGCGGCUUUGACAAGGAUGUCUCCGUGUCCAAUUCUAUGGUGGACUUUUAUGGGAAGUGUCGAUGCGUGGGGAAGGCCAGGGUGGUGUUUGAUGGGAUGGGAGUUCGGAACAGCGUGUCCUGGUGUUCUAUGGUUGUUGCAUACGCGCAGAAUGGGUCAGAGGAGGAGGCUUUCCUGGUGUACUUGGGUGCAAGGAGAGCUGGGGAAGAGCCGACCGACUUCAUGGUUUCCAGUGUGCUCACCACUUGUGCGGGUCUGCUAGGACUUGACCUUGGGCGUGCUCUGCAUGCAGUUGCUGUCCGUUCCUGCAUUGAUGCAAACAUUUUUGUUGCUAGUGCAUUGGUUGACAUGUAUGGGAAGUGUGGCGGUGUCCGAGACGCUGAGCAGGUAUUUUUCGAGAUGCCACAGCGAAAUCUUGUCACAUGGAAUGCGAUGAUAGGAGGUUAUGCUCAUAUUGGUGAUGCUUGGAAUGCACUCGCAGUGUUUGAUGAAAUGAUAAUGGGUCGAGAAACAGCACCUAAUCACAUCACACUUGUCAAUGUUCUCACGGCCUGCAGCAGGGGAGGUUUGACAAUGGAAGGGUAUGAGUUGUUCCAGACAAUGAAGCAGAGGUUUGGGAUUGAACCAAGAAUUGAGCAUUAUGCUUGCAUAGUGGACUUGCUUGGUCGUGCAGGAAUGGAAGAGCGAGCUUAUGAGAUCAUACAGGGGAUGCCAAUGAGGCCUUCCAUUUCUGUCUGGGGAGCACUACUUGGGGGAUGCAAGAUGCAUGGGAAGACAGAGCUAGGAAGGAUUGCUGCUGAAAAGUUGUUUGAACUUGAUCCUCGGGACUCGGGCAAUCAUGUUCUGCUCUCAAACAUGCUUGCAUCUGCUGGCAGGUGGGCAGAAGCAACAGAUAUAAGGAAGGAGAUGAAGAAUGUUGGAAUCAAGAAAGACCCAGGGCGUAGUUGGAUCACUUGGAAAAAUGUUGUCCAUGUUUUCCAGGCUAAGGACACAACACAUGAGAUGAAUAGUGAGAUCCAGGCAUUAUUGGCAAAGCUCAAAGGGCAAAUGCAAGCUGCUGGCUACAUGCCAGACACACAAUAUGCUCUCUAUGAUCUUGAGGAAGAAGAGAAAGAAUCAGAGGUGUUUCAACACAGUGAAAAGCUUGCUCUGGCAUUUGGAUUGAUCUGUAUACCACCUGGUGUACCAAUAAGGAUCAUGAAGAAUCUGCGAAUUUGUGUAGAUUGUCACCGGGCUUUUAAAUUCAUAUCUGGUAUUGUUGGUAGGGAGAUAAUUGUGCGGGACAACAAUAGGUUUCAUCACUUCAAAGAUUAUGAGUGUUCAUGCAAGGAUUAUUGGUGA